GCAACAAAUGUCAUCUACAAAUUUGACAAGCACGUGUUUACGUUUCCUACCAGUUGGUAUCUUCAUUAUAAAUUUCUUAUUUGCUUUAAUUGUGCGUUAAAGUUAUUAAAUAUACGCCAAAAAUGGAGGAGGACGGACCGCAAGAGGCCACAAUUGAUUUUGUGCCUGCACUUUGUUUUGUACCACGCGGCGUCGCUAAGGAGCGACCAGAAAAGAUUGUGCUUACACAGACAGAGCUGGCGCGUAUCAUUGCAGAGACAAAAGACACGCUCGCAGAAGACGGUGCGGAUGAUGAUGACGAGGAUGAAGAUAUUGACAACGACGGCGACGACAACGAAAUGGAGAUAGAUGAGGAAGCUGCAGCUGCCGCUAAUCGUAAUCCAGACGAUGAAUUUGGUUUUGAUACUUACGACGAAGAAGGUGCAUCAAAAACAGCUGAUAUUGCUUCGGUCGUUGAUGCAAAUGAGCAGCUACCGGAUGAAGAUAAUGAUUCCGAGGCGGAAGAUGAAAUCAUUAAACCAACUGACAAUUUAAUAUUGGUUGGACACGUGCAAGACGAUGCAGCUUCCAUGGAAGUGUGGGUGUUUAAUGAGGACGAAGAAUCUUUAUACACACAUCACGACUUCAUACUUCCUAGUUUCCCACUAUGUAUAGAGUGGAUGAAUCAUGAUCCUGGUAGUGAUAAACCCGGCAAUAUGUGCGCUAUUGGUUGUAUGGAUCCAGUGAUCACCGUUUGGGAUUUAGAUAUACAAGACUCAAUGGAGCCUACAUUUAAAUUGGGUUCAAAAGGUAGUCGUAAAAAGCAAAAAGAUCCCUAUGGUCAUACCGACGCAGUUUUGGAUCUGUCAUGGAAUCGUCAUUUUGAACAUAUACUCGCCAGUGGUUCUGUUGAUCAGACACUUAUAUUGUGGGAUUUAGAUGAAGGCCAACCACAUACUACCAUAACAGCGUUUGAAGAAAAGGUGCAAUCGUUGGAGUUUCAUCCAGAUGAAGCACAAAGUAUUCUAGCGGGCAGUGCAGAUGGUAUAGUGCGCCUAUUCGAUUGUCGUAAUGCUGAUACAGUAGAGAGUGACUAUGUUAAAUGGAAAAUACCCGGUGAGGUGGAAAAAGUGUUGUGGAAUCCAACUUAUACCAAUAAUUUUGUUGUUGGCACCAACGAUGGCAGUUUGCAUUAUGCUGACAGAAGACAGCCUGAUAAGCUGCUGUGGUCAAUCAAAGGACAUGAAGAGGAAAUUUCUGGUGUGUGCUUCAAUAAAGAAGUGGCGAAUUUGUUGACCUCAACGUCCACGGAUGGCAUGUUGAAAGUGUGGGAUUUCAAUGUCGGUGCUAUAAGGGAAGUGUACUCGCAUGAUUUCCAAAUGGGACGCCUACAAUGUAUGAAACAAAGUCCAGAAGAUCCAUUUACAUUGGCGUUGGGAGGUGAAAAACCACCGCGUUGUCGUAUUUACAACAUAAAGAAUUUCGAAGUGGUGCGAAAAGUUUUCAAGAUUCCUGAAGUACUGCAAUAAACGACGCAUAUUUGGCAUAUUAUUUAGUUAUAAAAAGUCAUAAUUUAUGAGACACUGUAAUAAGAAUACAAUUUUUAUUUGGAAUGAAUACAAAUAUUUUAUUCACUUGUAUUGUAUAAAAAUAAUAAAGUUUAUAGACGAGAAUA